AUGGGCAAUACCAUACCAUCCAUACUAAUACGUUCUGCAAGAGAUACAGAUAAUAACAAAUGCAUAGAUCUUUUCGCAUUAGCAAUGACUGUUUAUAGAAAGACGUUUCGUAAUCGUAAUCAAUGUGUGCAUCACAGAAUGUCAAAACCAACUGACGGAAAGUUUUUUUCCAUGAAUUCAAAACCAAAGGUAUUAAAUAAGGAGCAAACAAACGAAAAAGGAUGGGGAACGAAUAAAAAAGAGUAUUACGAUGCAGAAGAGCUAUCUGAUUUGGACGAAGCAAAGGAAGAAGAAAAAGAAGUAUUGAGAUUACAAAAGAUGAGAAUUAGUAAAAUGACCGAAGCUGAUUUUUUUGAUGACGAUGAUAAUUUGAAAUUUAUUAAUGAAAUAAAACAUGAAGAUAAAGAAGAUGAUGGAAAUGGUAGUAAUGAGAAUAAUGAAGAUGAUGAUGACGAUGAUGAUAGUGUUGAUGAUAGUGUUGAUGAUGAUAGUGUUGAUGAUAGUGUUGAUAAUGAUAGUGUUGAUGAUGAUAGUGUUUAUGAUGAUGAUGAUGAUGAUAAUGGUGUAGAGAUAGAAGUUAUGAAAGAACGUUAUGCUAAUCUUCCAAAGAGUGAUAUCAUUAAAUUAUUAGAAAAUCAAUCUCCUGAACUUAUCAAAUUAUUGAAUGAAUUUAAAGAAAAAUUAUCAAUAAUAAACGAGUCAACUAGACCAAUAAUUGACAAAGCAAAACAAAAAAGAAUUGUUGAUAAUCCAAUAAUGGAGUUUUUGUUUAUAAAACACCAGACAUUAUUAAAUUAUCUCACAAAUAUAUCAUUUUAUCUUUAUCUUAAAUCUUCUGGGACCUCAAUCAAUUUGUUUGAACAUCCAAUAACUGAUACACUUUUGGAAUUGAAUAAUACAUGGAAAAAAUUGGAAAAAUUAGAAAUAAAAAUGAAAAAAUCCAUUGAUUUAUUUAUUGAAAAACUGAAUGAUGAUAAUGUUGAUGUUAUAGAUUGGCAGAUUGAAUCAAAUAUUAUUGAACAUGAAAAUCAAAGUUUUCAAGAAGAAAAUGAUGAUGAAAUUAAUUCGGAAAAUGAAAACAACAAAUAUUAUGAAGAAGAAUUAUUAGAAAAUAACUCUUCUGAUCUGGACAAUUCCAAACCUUCUUCUUCACCAAAAUUGACUCCGACAAUAUUAACAUCCGUAGUAGAAAAUGAAUUCGAAUCGACUGAUUUUGGUGAUUUGGAUGUGUUGGAUGAAGUAGACGCAGAAGAUAAAAUUCAAAGAAAAAAAUCUUUACGUUAUCAUGUUUCCAAAAUUGAUCAAAAACUUGCUAAACGUGAGAAAGCCAUUAAAUUAAGUGGAGAUACAAAAAAAGUUGAAAAGAAAUUACAAUACAAUCAACAAAAAGAAGAAAACAAAAUUGUUUCAUAUGAAGAUGAUACACUUCCAAACGGCACUAAACGAAAAAUCAACUAUCAAAUUUACAAGAACAAAGGUCUUAUGCCACAUAGAAAGAAGGAACAACGUAACCCGCGUGUUAAACAUCGUAAUAAAUACGUUAAAGCAAAGAAAAAGAUCAAGAGUAUUAAACCUGGUGUUAUCAAACAAAAAGGAUUUUAUGGUGGCGAAAGUACUGGUAUUAAUGCUGGAAUAUCAAGAAGUGUCAGAUAUUCUAAUAUACCCAGUAAAGUUGUCAUGGAUUUUGGUUCAGAUGAAGAAUUUUUUCAACCCGUAAAAAAAUAUAAUCCUUCAAAAAAAUCGCCUUUAUCAUCAACGCGUUCUUCAAAAAACCAUGCUGAAACUGAAUUCAAUAAUAAUGAUGAUGAACGAAAAAGUGUCAUUUCACAGACACAACUGCUUCAAGAAUCAACAAAAUCUCAUUCUGUUCUUAUAAGAAAUGAAACAUUUUCAACAAUUGAUAUUGUUGAUCAUAAAAAUAUGCUUCCUAUUACUACUAAUGCAUCUGUUAACAAUGGUCUUCAGAAAUUAAAAAUUUCAGGUGAUGAUCAAACAGUCUCUUCUACUGUUACAACUGCUGCUGCUGUCAUUGUCACAAUCACAGCUAAUGCUACAACUGCAACUACUAAUAUUUCUCCAACUGACAAUCACAUUUCACUCCCUGACAAACGUAAAGCUAAUGAUGAUGUUGAUCAGGAAGAAAAUUUCACCUCAUUACCAAUUGAUGUUCCAGGUGUUGAAAAGAGGAAAAAAAUGGAACAUUCGAAUGAGAGUGAAACAUUGCCAAAACUAACAAAAAGGCCCAGGAUUGAUAAAAAGUCAAAUGAUAAAAAUUCUUUUGCUGGUACUGAAAUAAUUUGGCUAUCAAAAGCUAAAGUUUGUCCUUAUUGUGACAAAAAGUGGGCUUGUAAAACAGAUAAUGUUAAAAAUAGAAUUGCUCACAUGAAAAGAUGUGGCAAAAAACUUAAAAUCUCACCUGCAGAUAUGGUUACAAUAGUAAGGGAGAAAAAAAUUAUUGAUUACUUUGCUGAUUCUGAUUUUGAAGAUUUCAAAAUAGUAUCAAGGCCAAUCAAAAAACUAGUUGAUCCGAAUAAAAAUAAAAAACAAAAUGGAAAACAGAUGAUGGCAUAUGAUUUAAACACUACACCCAUCUUACCUCCAAAUGAUGCAAUUAAACGAUCAAACAGACUUGCAAAAAAAUCAUUUUUAAGCAAGCCAUCUAUAACUGAAUUUACAAAAUAUUUGCCAUCAUCACCAUCACUAGCAGAAUCAAAUAAAAGCAAGAUAGGUGAACAUUUUAAAAUGAUCAUGGAAGAAAGACCUAAGAGCCAUAAAAGAAAUUAUACUUUGUGGCAAAUUCAGGCAUUUGGUGGUGAAGAUUGCCCAUUAACUAUCAAUGACUACUAUAUUGACAGUGUAAAGAAGGUAUAUGCAGAUUUUGAGUUUGAUAUUGUUCCCAAUCAAAAACAAAAAAUACUUUGA